AUGAGUUUACUAAAUGGGUUGGUCAAUGAAGUGGUGCUGGCACCAGUGAGAGAGGAGCUGGCUGCACACAAGGAGGAGGUGGAUGAGCUGCGGCACAUGCUGACUGUUGCGGAGGAGAGGAACGAGGCAAUGGCUGCUGUGAUGAAGGAGAGGGAGAGAGAGUUGGCAGCAGUAAAGGCGGAGUUGGCUGAGAGGGUGACGCGGUUCAAGGAGCUGACCCCCCUCUGGAUUAAGACAUCAGAACAAAAGCCGCAUAAGCACUACUGCGCUCCACUUUUCCGCUCUCCCCACUUCCCCACAGAAAGGGACCCCGCAUGCACUCCCACAACCCCGCAGAGGGACCCCGCAUGCACUCCCACAACCCCGCAGAGGGACCCCGCAUGCACUCCCACAACCCCGCAGAGGGACCCCGCAUGCACUCCCACAACCCCGCAGAGGGACCCCGCAUGCACUCCCACAACCCCGCAGAGGGACCCCGCAUGCACUCCCACAACCCCGCAGAGGGACCCCGCAUGCACUCCCACAACCCCGCAGAGGGACCCCGCAUGCACUCCCACAACCCCGCAGAGGGACCCCGCAUGCACUCCCACAACCCCGCAGAGGGACCCCGCAUGCACUCCCACAACCCCGCAGAGGGACCACGCAUGCACUCCCACAACCCCGCAGAGGGACCACGCAUGCACUCCCACAACCCCGCAGAGGGACCCCACAUGCACUCCCACAACCCCGCAGAGGGACCCCGCAUGCACUCCCACAACCCCGCUGGGGGACCCCGCAUGCACUCCCACAACCCCGCAGAGGGACCCCGCAUGCACUCCCACAACCCCGCAGAGGGACCACGCAUGCACUCCCACAACCCCGCAGAGGGACCACGCAUGCACUCCCACAACCCCGCAGAGGGACCCCGCAUGCACUCCCACAACCCCGCAGAGGGACCCCGCAUGCACUCCCACAACCCCGCAGAGGGACCCCGCAUGCACUCCCACAACCCCGCAGAGGGACCCCGCAUGCACUCCCACAACCCCGCAGAGGGACCCCGCAUGCACUCCCACAACCCCGUAG